AUGAGUAAAAACAAAGUGAAUCGUAAUCGAAAAGGAACUAAACAAAGCAGUGGACAUGAAAAAAGAUCAAAAUCAUCAAGUAAACGACCGUUGAACCGUUUUGAAUUGGAAACGCCGGACGAUACAAAUGUUAGUACAUCUGCAAAAAAAUUGAAAGAAUCUGCUGAAGAAUACAACAUUGAAGUAGAUGCUUCUGAAAAAAGGCAGGGCACUACAGAAUAUGCAGAAUGGCUUGAAAAUCACGCAAACGAGUGCGAUGCAAAUCAUGAGGGAUCUGCCGGUAAAAUGGAAGUCGACGCAGUCAUUGAAAUGUUUCAGCGCUCUGAAGAAUUAUAUCAAGUGAAAUAUGCUAAUUACAUUGGAGAUGGCGAUUCCAAAACAUUCAAAGGCAUUUUAGAUUCUGAGUAUGAAAAUUUUACUGUUUCCAAAAAAGAAUGCGUAGAUCAUGUGCAAAAGCGUAUAGGAACUCGUCUACAUAAUUUGAAAAAAGUUACAAAGGGCCUCGGAGGAAAAGGAAAAUUAACCGGAAAAUUAAUCGACGAAUUAUGGAUUUAUUACGGUCUGGCAAUACGUCGAAAUUGCGAUUCAGUCGAAAAAAUGCGGAAUGACAUAUGGGCAACGCUUUAUCACAAAAUGUCUACGGACGAAGAGCCGCAGCACGAAGAUGUCCGUCCGGUGAAGAUUCGUGAUGCUCGUGGCAGCGAAUGAAUGCCGCUAAUAUCUUGGGAAAACAUCAUCAUAAACCAACUCUUUCCCAAGAUGUAUUCAAAGCCAUAAAGCCAAUAUACGAAGAUUUAA